ACUUAUUCACACAUUUUUUGCAUAAAAUGCACAAUUUAAACCUCACCUUUUUCAAAGAGUUCCUUCUGAAGGACUUACCGCCCAUCAAGGAGUUCCGAAUCGAUCCCACGGACAAUGACAAAGUCUAUUUUUGCCAUGAUGACCGCAUCACACUUGUCUCGUUGUCCAUUCUGGGCUUCCACGAAGUCGUAAAUUUCCCUUGUCCCAUCGUCGGCUUCGAAUUUCUUGCGAUGAACAAUGAACUCUGCAUCGCUACGGAAGACGGAGCCGUUUAUGUGCACAAUUUAUCCACUGGCAUGCAGGAGGAAGUCACGUACUGCGAAGAUGGCAUCGCCGCCAUGCAAUUCAGUCACGAUCAGGAGACUUUUGUAGUUGUCACAAAGAAAGCAAAUGUGGUUGUUCUGAACUGCGCUUAUGACGUCGUGCACGAAACAAAUUUGCUGGAUGAGUUUUUCGGCGAGAAGCAAUUCAUUAAUGUCGGUUGGGGCAAAGAGGAGACCCAAUUUCAGGGUCUUGCCGGCAAAAAAGCUGCUGCUACGAAGAAACACGACGACGGAGUCGCAGUGGAACAGGAUGCAAAGACCUCCAUUACGUGGCGGGAGGACUGCGAAUACUUUGCAGUGUCAUUUUUAGCUGAAAAUCGCAUGUUCAAAGUCUUUAACAAGGAAGGCGUUUUGCAAUUUACCUCCGAAAAGUGUUCCGGACUUCAAAAUUCGAUCGCUUGGAGACCUUCAGGCAACUGGAUUGCCAUUCCGGAAGUUUAUCGCAACAAAUACACGAUUUCAUUGUUCGAGAAAAACGGAUUGAAGCACCGAGAAAUAAUUUUGCCCUUUAAUUUUGACGAGGAAGUCGUUGUGGAUCUCGCUUGGAGUCUCGAUUCGGAAAUUUUACUCAUCCAAACGCGUCGUAACGAGAAAGAUUGCUUGUAUUUGUACACAAUUGGCAAUUAUCACUGGUAUUUGAAGCAAACUUUACGAUUUGAAGCUAAAAUUGCCUUUUUUGAGUGGAGUCCGAGAUCGAACGAGAAAAAAUCUCUUUACGUGAGCCUUGAAAAUGGUCAAUUGCUGUCCUACCAAUGGAAUUACAUCGUAAAUCACUCGCGCGGGAACAAAUCAAACAACGAUGAAGGCGUCGUUGCAGUCAUUGACGGCAAAAAAUUACUUCUUACCGGCUUUCGAGGCACUGUUGUACCUCCUCCGAUGUCAAAUAUCGUCCUCGAACACGAAAACGAGAUCAAUUUCGUCAGUUUCAUCCACGAAAACGACCAAAAUUCGAAUCAAUUUAUAAUUGUAGACUCCAAAAACGUCGUCAGCAAGUUCGAUUGUCGAUUUUCAACGGGACCAGUGAGAGUUUUGAACGGAUUUGACAAAAAAGGAAGCUUUUCAUUCAAAAUUGGGGAAGAAUUACCUCUAAAAUUGCACAAAUGGAUAUUCAAAAAUGAAUCUGAACUCAUUUUCGCUAACGAUAAAUUAAUUUUUUAUGGAAAAUUUUCCGAAAAUGAUAAUGAAAUUGAUGUUCAAACAUGUCACGAAUUAAAAAAUUCCAAUUUAGGCACCCUAGUAUUAGAAAAUGGAAAGUUAUUUGGACAUUUUUCAUCAGGAGAGGUCUUUACCAUCAACGAAAACGAUGAAAAUCGCCUUUUAAAAGUUGGUCAAUUCAGUAGCAAAGUCCAAAUCGUCGGAGAAGACGUCAUAAUGCUCCAACCAUGGCAAAAUUUGUACUUGAACGACCAAAUUUUAGCUUCAAAUGUCACUUCCUUCACCGUUUCCGAUAAUUUUUUGAUGUACACAACCCUCGAGGAGCUCCAUUUCGUUAAUUUGGCAUCCAACAACCAUCGAGUCGUGUCAGAACGAAAGCUGGAAAGAGGUUCAAAGAUCAUUUUAGUGGUUCCGGGCACGUCAAAGACUAUUUUGCAGCUCCCACGAGGCAAUUUGGAGACAAUCCAUCCGAGAAUUUUGUCACUUUGCAUGAUUCGAGCCCUUUUGGAUGAAAAAUGUUACAAAAAAGCCUUCGAAAUUAUGCGGAAAGAGCGGAUUAAUUUAAAUUUACUCGUGGAUCACAAUCCAAAUGCAUUUUUGGAACAAAUGGAUGCCUUUAUCGACGAUAUUGACAAUAUUCAGUGGUUAAAUCUGUUUUUGACGGAGUUACAGAACGUCGAUGUCAUUGGAGAGAUGUAUUCCUUUUAUCAUUUGACAAAAAUGGAAUGGAAAAAUUUUCUCCCGGCGAAUAAAGUCAACUUUGUGUGUCAAAAAAUGAUUGAAGUGCUCACGAAACGAGAUGAUUCCAAGUUUUAUUUGCCUUUGAUCACUUGUUAUGUCAAAAGAAACGAAGUUGGAGACGCCUUAAAGCUCAUUUGGCAGCUAAAAUUGAAGGAAGAUGCUGGAAAAGUCACUCAAGGCACGACUUCUGACGAAACUUUUAAAUAUUUAUUGUACUUGGUGAACGUGAAUGACCUUUACAACAUCGCUUUGGGGCUUUAUGACUUCGCUUUGGUACUUUAUGUAGCGAAAAGAUCACAAAAAGACCCCAAAGAGUACGUUCCCUUCCUCGAGGAACUCGAUAAGCUCGAAGAAAAUUACCGUCGUUACAAGAUCGAUUGCCAUAUAAAGCGAUUUGAAGCUGCCCUGAGGAACAUCAGUCAAUGCGGCGACGAAAAAUUAAACGAAGCGAUAAUUUUGAUCGAGAAACACGAGUUAUAUGGCAUCGCUCUUGAGUGUUACAAGCCUUAUGAGAACUGUUACAAGACAGUUUGUGGUCGUUAUGGUGAUUUUUUGCGCCAAAAACAUAAAUUGCAGGAAGCUUCUUUCAUGUAUGAGCGAGCUGGCGACUUUCAAUCCGCGAUUUCGUGUGCCCGGAAUGCUUUGGCGUGGAGACGUUGUCUGUUUUUGGCUGAAAAACGGAAUAAUUCGACGAAAGAGGAGGUUGAUAUGUUGGUGACAUCAUUAAUUCCAGCACUAGAGGGCGCAGGAAGACAUGCCGAAGCAGGAGAAAUCGCGAAAAAAUACGUGGGACUCGAAAAAUCCAUCGAAAUUUACGUUAGAGGAAAAUUAUUUGACGAUGCUUUGUUGGUGUGUCAUCAAAACGAGCUUAGAACCUUGAUAGAGGCAAAAAUUAAACCCAGUGUCGCGGAAUAUGUUGAAACGCUUCUAUUAACCCUCGAGGAAGAAACAGAUCUCUUUAAAAAACAAAAAGAUCGAUUGUUGCUCUUGAGACAUCAGAAGGCGAAUCCGGAAAAUGACGAAGCAAUGGAUGACGACGUCGAUUUGUACUCGGAUACGUCAAGUAUGAAUUCCUCAAGAUACACGGGAUCGUCGAUGUCGGGAAAAUCAUCAAAAUCGAGUAAACAACGUCGUAAACACGAAAGAAAGCUUUUUAGCUUAAAAGAAGGCAGCAAAUUUGAAGAUAUCGCUUUAGUGGAUGCCUUGCAUAAAAUUGUGGUAAAAAUAUUCAAUAACGAGCACUUGAAGCAUAUUAAAAGUGUUUUAACUGUCGCCACGGAGCUUCAGUUGGAUGAGUUGGCACGAAAAUUACAGACGCAAUACAAGAACUCAAUGCACUUGAUAAAAGUAUCAUUAAACGACAUUUGGAUCCCCGAGAUGAUCGUUUCUGAAGAAAUCAACCCUUGUGCGGUUACUGGCACCAUCAACUACGAUCAAAUCCAACGAAAUCAACAUUAUUCCCUCAUCAAACCUCAUCAGCGAUACAAACCUGAACUGGCGGAUUUCGACUUCGAAUUAGAAAUUUACAAAUAAUUUCUUGUUAAUUUUUACAAAAUUCAUGAAAAAAAAUUAUUUUUUUCAAAAUCUUUUAUUUUUUUUACUCAAAUUCAAACCAAAAUCUUCUUAAAAUAAUCCAGGAAUCAAAGUAUUUGUGCUCGCAAGAGAAGGC